AUGUCUGAUCCUGCAAUUUGGACACCACCCGCCUCUCCGGAGUUUAUGGGGAGAGGUGAUGUGUUUCUAGAGGAUUUCGAUGCGGAUCUGCUGACAGAAUUAGAUGUUGAUAUACCACAAUAUGUGCAGAUUUUGGGUCUUUCUUGUAAUUCGGUGGAUUCAGUGUCUUUUUUGUCACAUUUUGAGAAGUCGGUAGGUGAACUUCAUUGGAGUGAUCCUGUUCAUAUAUUGUGCUUACUACGAACCAGGCUGGUUGUACUGAAAAUGUGCCCGCCAGAGAACGAGCAGGAAUUGUCAGUCCUUAGGAACGAUGCAACUUUCCUUCUGGCAUCUUUGGAUUCUUGCAUUGUAAACAAGAUGUUUGACAAGCAUUCAGUUGUGAAAAUAAUAUCAUGUAUCCGCUCCAUCUUGACUUUACUUGGACCUCUGUCGUAUAUACUGGAAACUACAGUGAAGACAAGUGAACAUCUUUUACAUGCUCAUUUGGAAGUAUGGAUAACAGUACUUAAAGUUUUCAACUUUCUUUGCAAAAGAACUGAAUACGGCGUGAUUGUGAACGAAACGCUGGGAUUGAAAUCUCGGAGCUCUUUAAAUGCGAGUGGUUACUUCGUUGAUAUUGUUUUGGAGAAUUUGAUCCUAUUUUCAGGAGUGAAAAACCCGCGGAAUUGUUCUUGUGACAUACUGAUCUGGAUUGUAGUUAUUCACCUCAUAGAAGAGGCUCAGAAAAAUUGGUUCAAAUUUUUCCAUGGAAAAAUGAUGAAGUUGAGUGCUCAUCAAAAGGUGGAUUUUUCUGAACCUAAUACUUUGGAGCGUCUUCGUCCAGAUUUCAAAGCUUACUUACAACCAUCAAGUUCGAACGAUCGCUCUGGGACUUCGUUGUGUUUAUGGUCCCUGUAUUGGAACGUACUUGCACACACUGCCCCGAUACAUCGCCAGUUUAUGGAAUAUAUCACACAGUCAAAGAUUGAGAGAGGAGCAUUACAAAAGUAUUCUGUUGUGGUCUGGUUGAUUCGACAACAGUUCCUUGGGGAAAGUGUGCCUGGCAUUUGUGAUGUACAUACUUGCCUUACAAGUUUACGUCGCUUAACCGAGACAUGGGGAAUAAGUCUGGAAGUAAUCCGUUCAUUGUGGCUGUAUUUCAAGGGUCGCUUGAAUAUUGGAUUCUAUACUUCAGAUUCAUAUACAGGAUUAGUUCUACCUAACAUCAGUUUCAGGAGUUGGUAUGCAAAAGGAAAGUCAACUGAUGAAGAAAUGCAGAAUUUCUGUAUGUUUUGUUCACUACUACGAAAAAUACCGUCAUCGGAAUACAGAGAAUUGUGCACCAUUUUGCAAAUCUCACUGCUGUCGCUAACAAGGAAUGGUAUUUCGUAUUAUUUCUUUAUUUGGGCGAAUCUGUUGGAAGAAGCUUUAAAUUCACUGGCGAUUAACACAAGCAGCAGUGAUAAUAUUCAAAAAUGCUUGUUACCAAUGGUUGACAACAUUGUUGAAUUCUGCACUGCUUUAACAGAGCCUGCCAGUUCAUUUCAAUCAGGAAUACAUAGUUGGGAUCCAAGUCGCAGUUGUAUCGUUCUUCAGUGUUUACAAUAUUUAGAGAUAAUAUGCAAAGAAUGUGUGUUUGUAUACUCAGAUUCUAGUGCAUUCUAUUUGUCCAUUGCCAAUUCAGUAGUAGAAAAAAUUAACAGUUCUGUCAAUCCGUUGCGUCGUAGCUUGUCUCCAUUUUCAGAAUCAAUUACCGACUCUGAAAUCGUAUCAGCUCUUCGUCCAUCAACCUUUAAUCGAUUGUCUGCAUCAAGUUGGAUGAACGACUUCACAUCUAUUUCAAUUCAAUUUCUUAUUGAUCUUACAGAUAAUUCUGCUCUUGCCACAUUAGACGCAGGGCACCUUAUGUUCAUUAUGCAUUGUUUAGGAUCAUCGUAUUUCACUUCUGUUGGCUGGCCUUUUGAUCUUAAAUGGAAUGAAGGCAUUCUGCAGUUGACAAAAGCAGUAUGUUCCUUAACGCCCUCUGAAUCCAGUUUCGACGUUUUCACCUUCAUUUGGAGAGUCGUUUAUCCUGCAUUUAGAAAAGCUGUUUCUCGGACGAAUACCAAGUUUAAUCCAAUACCUGCAAAUUCUUUACCUGUGUUAUCCAUGAUUUCAUAUCAUUUUUUGCUGAUAUCUAAAAUUAGCAGUUGUUACAAAAGUAAAGACAGUGUGAUGCACGAAUUCGUUGAUCCUGUUGAAUUAUUUGAUUUACUUACAUUGGAUACGUCUGUUGAUUUUUCGCUUCAUUUCAGUACUUUAGAAACAUGUUUUAAUACAUCCAAUUCAGUCAAAGAACUACUGUCUAUCCUCAGUUCAAGUAGACGUGAUAUUUCUUCAGUUGCUUGGUUGUUUCUCGUCACAUUGCUUGCAUAUGCUUUGAUGAUUAAAACACCAGUUCAUUCUAUGUCAACUGAAGUUCAUAAUGAUUUCAUACUGCCAUCAUUUAUCAGCGAAAUUCGAUCCUAUUUACCGUUGAAUAUCGAUAGUUCAACAUUUCUGAAUGUUGAUGCUGAGUUGCUUCUUAUAAACAUUUCUGCUUAUUUUGAUGGACUCCCCACGUUUCACACCAGAAUGACCUUCAAAUCAGUUUUUACCCAACAUAUCAGUCGAUUAUGCGAGUUCAUUUAUACUUGUUGUUCCGUAUCCAGUUCUGCUAAAGACAGUGGUUUCGGUUUAGGUCUUCUCAUGUCAUCUGAUUUUAUGAAUUCAGAAGAUUUAUGUUCAAAGGGUUAUCAUGCAGCUGGGUCACUUCUCCGUCACUGUUCUAUGCUUUUGUAUACCCCUGUUUCCACAGAAGGUUCAGCAUCCAGUUUUGAAAAUUUGGUUAAUCACUUUUUCCUUCCGCGUCAACUAUACGAGAUGCAAGAACCCAAUAAAUAUUCCACACUCAGUGAGUGGAAUUCAUUUCCAUAUUAUAUUUUGGAUUCAAUGCGUGAUCAACUGCCUGAGUUUUCACGUGGUAUUGCACAAUUGAAUUGGCGAAGUGAUCCCUAUCUGUGCCGUAUAUUGAAAGAUGUCGUGAAAUUGUAUUAUAAACAACUUGGCCCAGAAUCUGUUGCUACUGUUGUACUUAACAGCCCAUCAUUGGACUUUCGUACUCAUGUUUUACAGCUUAUAACUCAAGAUCAGAUUGGUCUACUAGUUGAUAGUAAAACUGCACCACUUUCUAAUGCUGAACGGGUUAACAGUCAGAAAAAUAUUCUGUCUAAGUGGUUAGACUUUGUAAAUUCCGUAUAUGCGGAUACACAUUCAAGUGAAGGCUAUCAAAGAGACGCCCCAUUUUUAGUUUGCCCCAUUUUACUGGCAUACACCUUCAAGGAUUUAACUGGUACUUUAAAUUCCAAUUUUCGAAAACAGUGUUCACACAUUCUCAACGUGUACAAAGAAGCUGUUAAAACAAUAACUUGCAAAGAAAUACGAUCUCAAAUCAGUGAACACUGUUAUAACUUGGAUAAGAAGACUAUGGAUUCUCGGUGUAGUCUUAUAACCUUUUUCGGUCUGUAA